GACCGCCCCGCCCUGAGCAGCCGGGAAGGAUCACAGCCGAGGAGCCGGGUACUAGCUCUACUCGCUACAGCCGCGGGGCUCUGCAGCCCAGCACCGCAUUCACCAGGUUGUCCAACGCUGCCCGCACCCACCCAACGGACGUGCGGUUGCCGCGGCCCCCAGAGCCGGCGCCGCUGACGUCAGGCUGACAUCAGACGUGACGCUACGGCGGGGCGGGAGCAGGGACGGCGCAGGAGGGCGUUUCCGGAGCACGCGCCGGGCGUGGGCCGCUGACGUCGGGCUCAGGUGCGCGCGCUCGCCCGCUCGCGGUCCAGGUGGUGGACAGCAGCUUCAGGUGGCGGCGGCCUGCAGCGGUGAGAGGGCGACCAGCGGCGCGGCCGCUGCGAAAAGGUGAGAGUCCGCGCUUUCCGAGGGAGUCGCGCCUGCCUCGGCCCGCGCCUUGCAGGGCCCCACCGCACCCGAGGGGAUGGAGAGCUUUCCGCCAGGCCCCAGCACGGUCCGCAGUUCCACCCUGGCCGGCCCUCGUUAGCUGCUCGAAUUUUGCGUUUUAUCCACCACCUAGGCCUUGUCUUCUGAGUCAGUGGCGUUGUGGUUGGAAAGAAAUGGAAGAAAAGGAGCGAUGUGACGGAUUCCGUUCGGUCCUCCUGCAUUGAGGCCUGGUUGGCUUUUGCAGAGAGGAAAAUAACAUCAAGAAAAAAGUGGUUUUUUGGAGGGGGGUGGGAGGGGAGGGGGGAGAAGGGAACAAGGUCUUAGAUUUUAUACGAUAUUUUUAGAAUUCUGCACUUUGACAGUGGUGGCGAAAUACACUAAUCUGAAAGUUAUUUUUCUAUUGAGAAGAGAGAAGAGGUGGAUUGUUUUUCCUUUUGAUUUCAACCUUUUCUCUCCGUGACAAAGCAUAAAUCAUGGACACCAGAAAAUAAAGUGGACCUCAGGAAUCCUGAAAAGACUGAGAAGCUUACAUUCUUCCUCAGGAGGGAAGGGUAGGGUGUUUUUAGCUCUCUCCGGAACCUAAAACGAAAAACAUGAGCUGCGUGCCAUGGAAAGGAGACAAGGCCAAAUCUGAAUCAUUGGAGCUGCCCCAGGCAGCACCCCCACAAAUUUACCAUGAGAAACAGCGUAGGGAGCUUUGCGCCCUGCAUGCCCUCAAUAAUGUCUUCCAGGACAGCAAUGCCUUCACCCGGGAAACGCUGCAAGAGAUUUUCCAGAGGUUGUCUCCGAAUACCAUGGUGACCCCUCACAAGAAGAGCAUGCUGGGAAAUGGGAACUACGAUGUGAAUGUCAUUAUGGCAGCACUUCAAACCAAAGGCUAUGAAGCUGUUUGGUGGGACAAGCGCAGGGACGUCAGUGCCAUUGCCCUCACUCAUGUCAUGGGCUUCAUCAUGAACCUACCUUCCAGCCUGUGCUGGGGGCCACUGAAGUUGCCUCUCAAAAGGCAGCACUGGAUCUGUGUUCGAGAGGUGGGCGGUGCCUACUACAACCUUGACUCCAAACUGAAGAUGCCGGAGUGGAUAGGAGGAGAGAGUGAGCUCAGGAAAUUUCUAAAACAUCAUUUGCGAGGAAAGAACUGCGAACUCCUGCUGGUGGUACCAGAAGAGGUGGAGGCCCAUCAGAGUUGGAGGGCCGAUGUGUAACAGUUCUACCCAACCUUCCCUCACCUCAACCCCCAAAUCCUCCGUGACGUGCUGUGGCCUAUACCAUGGGUCUGCCCUUGCCACUUCCCCAAACAUCUCAUCGGGUUUUCCCCCUCAGAUUUGACAGUGCAAUAGGCCAGAUGUGUGGACUGAUACAAGAACCAAGCAGCGCUACUCAUUGCUGGGAAAGGAAGGUAGGAGCUCUGUGCUUAGGGCAAGCGAUGGAAGACCUUUGUUUUGAGAGAGGAGAAAAGCAGGUGGGUCCUAGCUUGUUUUCCCUUUUCCUGUGAGGACUUGACAGAGGCUCUGCUGGAGUUCACUGCUGCUCUGACUCGCCUGAAGAUGCUGCCUCUAUGUCCCCUUUCCUGGCCACUAGUGGGUCUGAAGACACAGUACAUGCAAAGCCCGUGUGACUGACUUGAAGGACCCAGAGCAAAAGGGCCUCUCAGGAAACCAUCUCCAAAACCCCAGCAGCACUACAGCAUGCCGUCUCCAACCCUUAAUGCCACCCCUUACCCCCUUUUUAAGGGUGGUUUAUGGCCAUCCUUGGAGUUUUAUAAUGAAAAGUUCUCUAAUAUUCCACACUGGGUGGUUCAAUCCUGCAACUUUCUAGCGUGACAGGGUGAGCUAGAUACCUAAGAGUACAUGGCCAAAGCCAGGCUGGGGCAGGUAUGGGCGACCUGCCUGCCUCUCCAGCAUUGUCCCUGUCACAUUUAUUUAGGAGGCUCUGGGGAACAAGAUAAGCAAAAGGGCAGUUUUUCCCAGUUGACCCACUCCAGCAAAAUCAGGAAAAAAUAAGUUUGCCUUUGACAUCAAAUUCCACUAGCUUAAGACAGUUGGGUGAGGCAAGUAUUGUGAAGAUAAGCUUCUCAGACAUUAGAACGGCUAGAAUAGUAAGUCGUAGGCUCAGUGUCACUAUAGUGACAAGCAGAGCCCUCAAGUUGGGUGGUUAUAUGCGUUAUGUUAUAGGACCUGGGUUUGUCAUCUUUCUGUAGUUUCCUUUACAAAUCAACUGAGAAUUGACCCGCCCCCUACCUCUUUAAAUAGUUGUAGGCCAUUUUUCUCCUGUAACUUUGGAAAACGAGAGGAGGGGAAGUAUACCACACUGUGUCACCAAAGUGGUGUGGCUGCCUCAGAGAAGGGCAGGCAGGGAUGGCCUGUCUAGCCCUUACAGCUCAGUGAUCUUGGCAGGUCUGAGAGCUGCCCCACUGGCCAGACUUCUCUCCAGCAAAGCCAGCCUGGGGCUUGCAUGUCAAACCUGAGCGAGCUUAACAGGAUGAAGCUGAGGCUUUCUCCUCCCCACUGUGACUGGAGUGCAUGUUUACACCAGCACUUUUUCUGCACAUGUCUCUUCAACAAGGCCGUUUUUUAUGCUGAGUAAGAGGCCACCAAGCGGCUACGGCAUUAUACCGUCUCAGCAACUGGCCGCAAUCUCUCCUGCACCAUUUUCUACACCAGACCUGCUUGGCACCACAGGGAGCUCUUUAUCCCUGCACAAUGACAUUCCAACCACCACCAGCCAGAAGUUACAGCCAACCUUGCUGAUUGUCACAAGCAGGACCUUGGGUCCAUUGGCACUGUCAGUGAUAGUAAGCCAUUUCCUGUGAAGAGGAAACUCCUCUGCCAAUCUGCUUGGGCCUGUGCAAAUGGCACUUCAGUGGAGUCCCCAUGCACUUGGGAGUCCAUGAGCCAAUGGGAUAUGCAAAGACAAAACAUUUCAGGGCUGGUUUCUCUGUUCAUAUCCAAUUCUGGUGCUUAGGAACAGGGACCCAAGCUGAUGCCCAAGGGCAAAAAGCCUUAUUUCCUUUAAGGAAGCGGGCAGGCCUGACCCUGAUGCCCAAUAAGGGGCAACCCUAGGCUUUUUGUUUUUCCUGCCCCCCCCCCUUUUUGUUGGCCUUGUGCUGGGUUUGUUUACAAAGAUGUAUUUUUGUUUAACCAAAUAUUAAAAAUGGAGAACUCCGUACAUAAAUCUCA